AUAACUCUGGCCUCAUUUCCGCCCCAGCAGUCGCUGCAGUGAUGUUCGGCCUCCUGCUCGCUGUCCUCGCCCUCCCAGGAUUCCUGCGUGGGGAUCUGGUGUUCAGAUGCCCGGGCUGCACGGCGGAGAACCAGGACGGCUGUCCUAAGGUCACGCUGUGCGCAGAGAUAGUGCGGGAGCCGGGCUGCGGCUGCUGCCCCGUGUGCGCCCGCCUGGAGGGGGAGUUCUGCGGGGUUUACACGCCGCGCUGUUCCACCGGGCUCCUGUGCUCCCCCAGCAUGGACGCAGAGUUACCCCUGCAGCAGCUCAUCCAGGGCUUCGGCCGAUGUACGCGCAGUGUGGAGCAGGACCCGAGUUUGGACCUGCUGCCCACUAAUGAGGUGCACGGCACUGAGAGUCCUCUGGUGAAGAGGCCGCUACCUGACCCCUGGAACCGGCAGGAGAAAGCCCGGAUCCAGACUCAGAACGAGCUGAGAACCAGGAUGAGGACCAGCCUGCAAGACGAGCGGGUCCAGAGAGAGCCACCGAGCUCCUGUCAGCAGGAGCUGGACAUGGUGUUGGAGGAAAUCUCCAGGAUGACCUCAGAGGACAACCGGGGCCCGCUGGAGAACCUGUACGGCCUCAAGUUCCCAAACUGUGACAGACACGGACUGUACAACCUGAAGCAGUGCAACAUGUCAACACACGGCCAGCGGGGCGAGUGCUGGUGCGUGGACCCGCUGACGGGCGUCCAGAUCCCGGAGACUCCCAGAGUCAGAGGAGACCCCAACUGCCACCGCUUCCAGGAGGCGCUGCGGGCGCUGCCCACCAUGGCCCGCUAACACACACACACACACACCGGGUUUGAUCCUGCACUCAGUAGAAGGAAAUGCCUUUUUUUAUAAUUGGCCAUCUUCACACUGCAGCCUGAAGCGACACAAACCUGAUCUUUAUGAUGAAACUUGUUUUUGCAGAUAAACUGUCUCUUAUGUUCGAGUUCUGACUUUAUGCUUCUGUGUUAAUUUUGAAUUUUUCUUCAUUAUUUCUGCCUGAAGCGGUUUCUCUGGCCUCUCAGGUCAGACGGUUCUCAGUUUAAUUUUCCCGUUGGUUGCAGCCAAACGUUGAGUCUAAACUCCGUUACUUUGGGUUCAGACGCGUUGCAUGGAGUAUCAUUUCCCUCAUAUCUAACAGAUAUGAUUAUUUUCACAUUUUCCAACACAGAACAAAAGCUGCUUCACAAUUUAAUCAAAUACUAAAAUAUUUACACACAGAAAUAAUUAGUCAAACUGGAUAAAAAUACAAAAAUAACAAGAAAAUAUUAUGUAAAACCUGACCUGUUAAAACAAUUUAGAGAUAUUUAUAGGGAAAGCGAGACUGUAUUGGCUGCUGCAGCUCAUUGAUAUACAUUACUGUAUAGGACGGCGCCUAUUAGCCACUGUAGCUAGCAGCCUGCAGCCAUUAUUCUUCAUGGAGUAAAACCAGACUGAUGAGCAGGAAUCUGCCACAGAAACAGACGCAGCGGCCUUAUUUCUUGUCUAAUUUCUAUAAAAUAGAGUUAAAUGUUUAAACACUAUCACUGAAAAACGAUUCAGAAUGUAAUGUAAGUGACGUCUGAACCCAGCGGCGGUUGGUUAGCUAAUUUAACCACCUGAUCUGUCAUUGUGUUGGUAUGUGGGCCGCCUUAUUUUACUGUUAAAUGAAGCAACACACUGAAUUCACAUCUACACCUUAAGUUUGUCAAAGUCAAGCUAACUUACUUCUCUAUUCUUUGUUUCUGAUUUUUUUGCUGAGCUGUGAAAUGUGAUUGUAGACAAUAGAUAGUAAAACAUCACGUCUCUUUUUCUAAUUGUUUAGCGCUAUUAUGUCACUUUCCCGCCGCACAAUAUCAACGUCCAGUAAUUUAUAUCGAUGACUCUAGUUUGAUAGGUGUCAAAUUAAGAUUUUAAUUUCUCACAACUGGAGAAACGUUUGAAAUUUAUUUUGGCCAAAUUAUCAGAGUGAGUGUGUAUCAGCUAGCAUGCUAUGCUAACUGAUCUGAUCUGAGCAGCUGUUACUUCACUCCUAUGAGAAAUUCUCUGAUUCUCCAAACUCGGAUCGCUCUGACCGCUGGGUAAGAUGGUCACUGCUCACAGCUGCUCUGCUGCAUUCUGAGAGCCAACGUUUUCCCCAAAUAGAUCAUCCGACUGAGAAAUCAAAGAAAAGUUGUUAAAACUGAAAAUGUUUCUUUAAAAGUAGAAAAACACACAUGUUGCAUCUUGAGACUAAAGCAGAUUCUGUUUUCACUGUUAAAGAAACUGAACUGUUAGUUUAUUGUUUUUAUGUAUGAUUCCCAUUGUGUUCUGUAGUUUCCCUUUAUGUUCAUAAAAGUAAUAAAAUCUGGAUAAAAUCCU